AUGUCGAGCAGACAACGCCUCGUUCUGUCCAUCAUCGACUUUCUCAACCAGUCCAUCGACGAUGGCACUGUUAAGCAGGAUGACAAGGAGAGUCUGGAGGUGGCAAUUCAAUGCAUAGGUGAAGCCUUUGGAGUCGAUCCUACUGACGACCGCCAGAAUGAACGUCUCAGCGUGAAGCCUGCAACGCUUCAGUCCAUUUUCGAUGUCUUCAUAAAGACGCGCGACAAUUUCGCGUCACCUGUUGCUUCCGCGGCUCCCCCUACCCAGGCACCUGUGAAACCCAGCGUUGCAGACAGAGAGUAUGCAGAAAAGUUCAAAGGAGAAGGCAACUCGCAUAUGACCGCAAAGCAGUACGACGCGGCGAUUGAAGCGUACACGCGUGCCAUCACCCUUGACCCGACCAAUCCAGUGUACUAUUCAAACCGUGCAGCAGCUUACUCGAGUAAGAACGCCCACAAUGAGGCCGCUGUCGACGCAGAGAAAGCCAUUGAAGUUGAGCCUUCCUUUGUCAAGGCAUACCAUCGGCUAGGCCACGCACAUUAUUGCCUCGGAGACUUCAGGUCUGCGGCCUCUGCAUUCCGACGCGGGCUAGAUAUCGAUCCGUCCAACACGAAUCUGAACUCCGGUCUCAGAAAUGCGGAAGCACGUAUCCUCCCCGAUGACGAACCAGAAUCUGUCAUGACUGACGCUGCGUCGAGCGGCGCAGGCGCAGGCGCGGGAGGGGGGCUCGGUGGCAUGGCGGACAUGCUCUCGGGCAUGGGUCUCGGUGGUGGGUCCGGAGGGAUGCCGGACUUGUCAAGUUUCAUGAAUAAUCCGAGGAUGAUGGAGAUGGCACAGCAGAUGAUGCAAAAUGGGGGCUUGGAGAGAAUGAUGCAGAACCCAGCUGUCGCCAACAUGAUGGGCCGAGUGCAAUCGGGAAAUAUGCCAUCGAUGGCUGAGUUGAUGGCCGACCCAUCUCUGAGGGAAUUGGCGAGUCAAUUUGGAGCUGGCGGUGCACAAUAG